UUAGGCGCAUAAAGGUGAAUAUUUUGAUAGCUGAAACACCAGAGCAAAAAGAAUUACGUCAUUUUUAAUUAAUUCUGGGUUUUGGGGGGUGUCAACAAGGGUGAAGAGCAGAAGAGAAAAUGGGAAUACAAGGGCUUUUACCUCUCUUGAAAUCAAUAAUGGUACCAAUCCAUAUUAAGGAAUUAGAGGGCUGUUCUGUUGCGGUUGAUACCUAUUCUUGGCUUCACAAAGGUGCCUUGUCUUGCAGCACUCAGCUUUGCAAAGGAUUACCCACUUCCAGGCACAUUGAGUAUUGCAUGCACAGAGUAAAUUUGCUGCGGCAUUAUGGUGUUAAGCCAAUUUUAGUCUUUGAUGGAGGUCUUCUGCCAAUGAAGAUUGAACAAGAGAACAAACGUGCAAGGACAAGGAAAGAGAACCUUGUGCGUGCUAUUGAGCAUGAGUCAAAUGGAAAUUCUGCAGCUGCUUAUGAGUGCUAUCAGAAGGCUGUUGAUAUUUCCCCUUCAAUUGCGCACGAACUAAUCCAGGUCUUAAGGCAGGAGAAUGUAUCAUAUGUUGUGGCCCCUUAUGAGGCAGAUGCCCAAAUGACCUUCUUGUCGGUAUGCAAACAAGUGGAUGCAGUUAUCACCGAGGACUCUGAUCUAAUACCUUUUGGCUGUCACCGAAUUAUUUUCAAAAUGGACAAGUAUGGGCAAGGAGUUGAGUUUCAGAAUUCCAGGCUUCAACAGAACAAGGAUAUAAGUUUUGUGGGUUUCACAAACGAAAUGCUUCUUGAGAUGUGCAUUUUCAGUGGUUGUGACUAUCAACAAUCAUUACCAGGAAUGGGACUGAAAAGGGCACAUGCAUUAAUUACAAAGUUCAAAAGCUAUGACAAGGUGAUCAAACAUUUGAGAUAUAGCACAGUGUCUGUUCCUCCACUUUAUGAAGAAUCAUUCAAGAAAGCAAUAUUGACUUUCAGGCAUCAACGUGUUUAUGAUCCUACUAUGAAAGAUAUUGUACAUUUGUCUGACCUGCCUGACAAUAUUGGCAAUGAUUUGGAAUUUUUGGGCCCAUUGAUACCGCAACAGAUAGCUACAGGUAUAGCAAGAGGGGAUCUGGAUCCGUUUACUCAAAUGCCAUUCCAGUUACAGGGAGAAAGUAGCAGUUCUGUGCCGGUACCUAAUGUAACUCCCAAAUGCAAAAAUUAUAAACUGGAAAGUGGAAAGAAAAAGCUAGAUUUGCCUGUCCAGAAGAAUCUGCUGACUAAGUACUUCUGCUUUUCAUCUCUGGAAGCAAAGAGAAACUUCAGAGCACCUCAGUUGUCACCUACAAGUCCAAGUCUAGUGAUUCACACUUCUUCGAGUCCCAGCAAUAAUGGUAGUGAGGAGGCUGCUUCUUGUAAUACCAGCUGCUCUUCAGCAUCCUUAGUUGUCUCUAAGAGUGACAGAAACAACCUCCACAGCAACAAUGUGGAAAGUUGUUUUCCAGAUGGAGUUCAUGAGUUUAUGGAGUCUCCAAGUCCUGGCAUGGUGGAUGAGAAGGGGCCUCCUGAAAGUAUUUUGCUACAACAAAUUGGUCAUUCAAUGCGUGGACCUUGUCAAGCAUUACUAAAGGAGUGUAAUAAUGAGAACGCUCCAAUUUCUGUUGAGGGGAAAACAAGAACAGAGAACAAAAGGGUCAUUGUUAGGAGUCGUUUCUUCAAGCACAAGUCAAUGAACAAGAAUGGCCAAGACAAUAAACAAGAAAUGAUCAGAGUCAAGGAUGAUGUUGCCAGUGAUACGUUUGAAGAUAGCAUCCUUGAGGGAUCUGAAAAUAGAACAGGGAACAGAGAGAUCACUAUAAGGAGCUCUUUUUUCCAGCACAAGUCAGUUAAUGAGAAUGAUCAAGGCAAUAAACAAGAAAAGCUCUUAGAAAGGGAUGAUUCAGCCAACAAUAUUUAUAAAGAUUUCAUUCUUGAGAGCCCUUCUGACAAUAAAUGUUCAAAUGGCAUCAUGAUGAAAAGAAAGACAUCCCCAGAUGACAAUGUUCAAAGAAACAUGGAAGUGAAGCACAUGCGCACAGAUGCAUCUCUUCCUGAUGAUGGUUGCGAUCCUCACCUCAAGGAGACAUUAGCAGGGACGAAACUUGAGGAACGGAAGUUUGGAUCUGACAUUUCACAUAUAAGCCAUUAUUCCAACAUAGCAGAGAAAUCAAUGGAAAGUUUUAUUUCUGUGAUAUCUUCAUUUAGAUACAACUCAUCUGGUUCUCGUGCCAGUGGACUGCGAGCCCCUCUGAAAGACAUUCGGAACACUUGUACCAAUAGGUCGAAUAAUGCCGUUGAUUUUAGCCAAUUUGCUUACAUUCCAAAGAACCAGAAGACCACAGUAGCAUCUCUAAGACGCUGACUUUUGGAAAACAUGUGAAGAGAAAUGUUAAUCGGCUGAGGAUCGUGAUGUAUUUCGAACAUAAGAGCUCCACCGUCUAUUCCUUCAUUCUGAAUGUUUAAUUGUUAAGCUUCUUACUAUUUUUUUUUUCCUUUUAUAUUCCUAUGUUGUCAUCAUCAUUGUUAUAGUAUUGAUAUUUAGAACUGCCUCUAAUUUAGGUGGCGUAUAUGUUUAAGGCUCGUUUUGGAUUUA